AUGGAUGUUCCACGACCAGACGGUCCCGAUGUGGAUAGAGGAACCAGCAUCUUCAUCGGAUGCUGGGUACUCACGGCGGUUGUGUUCUUUGUUCUUCUCUUUCGCUUCGGUGUCAAGGCCUGGAUAGCAUGGCUGCUACCCUCAAUCUCCAAGCCCGAACGGGUAUGGGGUUAUGAAGAUUUUUUCUUUGCCUUUGGGUAUGCUUUUGAUGUUGCACAUAUGGCUUUGAUCUGGAAGAGUCAUGAAUGGGGUUUGGGAAGACACUUCUUCUACCUCUCCCCAAUUGAAAGGAAUCUCGCCAUGAAAUAUGAUUUCAUUUCACAACCACUAGCGGUAUCGGCUGCGAUGUGGUCGCGAACGGGAGUCAUUAUCUUUCUUUACACAUGUUUCGCCCAGAACCGGAAAAGUUUGCGAGUCAUCAUUGUCGUCUGUUUAGUGGUGCAGAUUAUCGCCAAUUUGUUUACCAUCCUGCAGAUUUUCCUGCAGUGUGGCCCGAAUCCGUACAGACUGGUGAACAGGGCAGCCUACUUCCACUACAUGUGGGAUCCGCUCCCUGAAGAUGGAUCCGUUGUGUGUCAAGAUCCCUCUGUGCAGGCCACCGUAGGAUAUGUUCAGGGCGCGUUCAACACCAUCAUCGACUUCACUCUCACGUACCUGGCGGGUCUCGAGUUAUGGCAGUUCAUGUUCCGAGCAGCCGAUCACGGUCGGCAGACGUCCUUCAUGACUCGAUUCAAGAAGCUUGAUCCCAGCAUUCGAAAUCAACGGCUUUGGCAGACUCUUUUACUCUGUGGUCCGCUGUUGUUGUCCGGUGUCGCAUCGAUUGUGAAGACCUAUCUUCUCUCAGCUCUUGGAAGCCGAUCGGACUUCACAUGGAACAUCGUACCUUUCAUCCUUUGGGUCAAGAUUGAAAAUCACUCGAUUCCCAUUGCAACAACAGCACCGAUCCUCCGUCUAUUCAUUCGUACGUUCACCGAUCAGCGAGGAGGGGGAAAAGGAUAUGGAUUGAACAGUAGCGGAGGCCAGCGGUCAAAAUCUGGACACAUUGAGUUGUCACAUCGGUCGCAUAAUAAGUCAGGGAUCCACCGAGAUGACAAAGGAUUUGUUCAUAUGCGUGACACCGAUUAUAUCAGUGAGACUGUGCAUGGAGGAAGCUUCCAUGGCUCAGAGCACGACCUUGUCAGUCACAACAAUGGCAUCGUGGUCAAGCAUGAGUAUGAAGUGCGCGUCGAGGAAGGCAGAGACGAAGGGAAAGAUCGAGACUUGCCCAUAAUGCAACCAUGA